UGAUUUCAUAUAUCUAUUCAAAUUUCAAAACCCAAUUGUAAAAGCACACCCCGAAGGGCCCCUUCUCUUCCCCCUCUUUAUCAUCUCUGUUAACAUAAAAAGCACAGACUUGACCUAAAACACUCAAGUCUUUCAUUUUGAACUUAACUUUUAUUGUUUUCUACUUCUCAAGAUGGAGAAUGAUUUUGCUGUAAAAGGAGAGAGAGGAAUCUCAAUGUGUGGAGGCAGAUACGUACAGUACAACAUUCUAGGAAACCUUUUCCAAGUCUCCUCCAAGUACGUGCCUCCUAUUCAGCCCGUCGGUCGCGGCGCAUACGGCAUCGUUUGUAGUGCAACAAAUUCUGAGACAAAAGAAUCUGUUGCUAUAAAAAAGAUUACGAAUGCAUUUGAUAACAGAAUUGAUGCUAAGAGAACUCUCCGCGAGAUCAAACUCCUUGGCCACAUGGAUCAUGACAAUGUUAUCAAGAUUAAGGACAUAAUUCCGCCAAUGGAUAAGGAAAAGUUCAAUGAUGUUUAUAUUGUUUAUGAAUUGAUGGAUACUGAUCUACAUCAGAUAAUUCGCUCCAACCAGGCUUUAACAGAUGAUCACUGUCAGUAUUUCCUGUACCAACUGUUGCGGGGACUGAAGUACAUACACUCUGCAAAUGUAUUGCACCGGGAUUUAAAACCCAGCAACCUGCUUCUUGAUGCAAACUGUGAUCUCAAAAUUUGUGACUUUGGGCUUGCAAGAACCACUUCAGAGACAGAUUUCAUGACAGAGUAUGUAGUCACUCGUUGGUAUCGAGCCCCUGAAUUGCUGCUGAACUGCUCAGAGUAUACUGCAGCUAUUGAUAUUUGGUCUGUUGGUUGCAUUCUCAUGGAAAUUAUUAGAAGGGAGCCUCUUUUUCCUGGUAAAGACUAUGUUCAGCAGUUGACACUUAUAACUGAGUUGUUAGGUUCACCAGAUGAUUCAGAUCUUGGAUUCCUAAGAAGUGAUAAUGCUCGGAAGUAUGUCAAGCAGCUUCCUCAUGUACCCAAGCAACCCUUUUCUCUGAAGUUCCCAAGCAUGUCUCCAUUGGCAAUUGAUCUUGCUGAGAAAAUGCUAGUUUUUGAUCCAGCCAAACGGAUAACUGUUGAGGAAGCAUUGAACCAUCCAUAUCUAUCAAGUCUUCAUGAGAUCAACGAGGAGCCCACUUGCCUGUAUCCUUUCAUCUUUGAUUUUGAACAGACAACCUUGAAUGAAGAAGAUAUAAAGGAACUCAUUUUUAGGGAGUGUAUGAAGUUCAACCCCGAUAAGAUGAUUGAGUGAUGUGACUGGCACCUGUCCUUUGUUUCUGUUGUUUGUUAUAUUAAGAGUGAUCUGGAGGGUUGAUUAUGGCUUGUAAUGCUUGCAUAUAUAUCAUAUGUGUAGAAAUUCGGUUUAACCAUAAAAAAUUGGGAGAUGGGUUCUCCCUUCGUGUACUGACUAUUGAUAGAUAGGGUGGAAUUGCAGUAUGGAUUUAUAUAAGUAACUGGAUCUUGGGUUUGUAUGCAUAAAACAAGGCUAUGCUCUCCUAGGCUGUGUUUGUAUAUUGUACAUUCAAUUUUAUUAAUGUUGAAGAACAAAAUAAUACCAAAAUAUAGAAAACAGAAGGAGCAACGAUGUGCUGUUUCUGUUUCCCGGAGUGGAAGUAUUUUUCUAUAUUUGUAGUACCUUUAUCUUUGAUCUGGAAUAUUUUGGAUGCCUGGAUGUCAUGUAAGGCUGUAUUUGGAAGUUACUUCAAUGAAAUAUUUCUGGUA